AUGCGGCCUGUCGAAAGGAACGACGUCAGGCGUUUGACUAACCGGAAUACUAUCCUGAUUAUCGAUCCGACUUCCUGGACUAUUGCCUAUAUCGACAAUAUAAUUAGUCGUAAUCCGAAAAACAUUGCCACUAAGCAAGGUAGCAAGACCCUCCCACCUGAACUGUGGUACAUGAUCUUGUCUUGGGCAGAAGACGAUUUUGCACAGCCUAGUCAUGACCUAGUCUACCCGGUCGAAAUUACAUCUGUUCAACUCGAUGGCGAGACCUCAGAACCGGCUGUGGUCUGCAACAAAAUUCCCCAAUGGUGGAGAUUUGGCGCUAUCAGAAACCUCACGGAAUUAAUCCAUUACGAGAACUAUCUGAUUAGCCCCUGGUACGAUCCAACAGCGAUGCCCUCUUACGAUCCAAGUCGAACACCCCCUCCUGAAUGUCCCUUUCUAGGCAUCUCCAGAACAGUCUUGCAAAACGAAUCGUUAACGAUUCCUAUUCGCGAGCUAAAGUUUGGUCGGUCUUUUCUGUAUCAGGACAUCAAAGCCCCUGAGGUGAUUGCCUGGACCGAAAGGGGGAAAUGCUUCCUGUGCCACGACGUUAGCGGAUUUUGCGCGGGAUGCAGGGACGGGGCAUGGGCUCUAGAGAGCUUCGAUAUUAUGAGCAGAGACCUUGUCGAUUGCGAUACAGGGAUGUUUUGUCCACUUUGUGUUGGGCCGGAAUACGCAAAGCAAAGCGCAUGGGAAAAUUCUGACCAGGGUCUUCCGAGCGACAAGAUGUCAGAGGAGGAGUACAUCGAAUGGGAGAGUAAACGGAUGCAGGAACUCGGUUAUCAUGAACAUUGA